AUGAAAGCCCUCUAUUGGAAUAUUAGAGGGAUAAAGAAGGCUGCCGCAAGGUUAACUUUGAGGAAUAUUUUAAGGGACAAAAGGCCUGAUUUCCUUUGCAUUGCCGAACCUAUGAUUCCCUCCGACGCCUUUCCUACGUUGUUCUUAAACAAGCUGGGUUUUGACCCUGAUUUCAUCCAUAACGAGCGUCUAGGCGGAGUCUCAAAUCUAUGGCUGCUUUGGCGAAGAGGUGUAGCAAAGCCUAUUGUGCUAUCGUCUUCUGAGCAGCAAAUCUCUGUCUCUGUGCAAUGGGCUCAGGAAAUUUUCAUCUUAUCUGUAGUGCACGCCAAAUGCCUAAGAGCUGCUAGAAGAGAAUUGUGGACUGACUUGGGAAGGAAAUUCACAUGGACUAAUAAUAGGAGAAGGGGCCAUGUCUCUGCAGUGCUCGAUCGAAGCUUUUGCAAUGAGGCUUGGAUUUCUUAUUUUCAAGAAUGUCACCAAUUUGUCUUGCAGAGAGUGGCGUCUGACCAUACUCCCAUUCUGGUGGUGUCUGAAGGCUCUGAAAGACCUAAAAACUAUCCUUUUCGCUUCCAGAGGUUCUGGGCAGACCAUGAGGGCUAUCUAAAUGCAGUUAAGUCCUCCUGGGAGAUCGACAUUCCUGGAUCGCCAAUGAUGGUAAUGGCUCAAAAAUUAAAAAGAUUGAAGGUCUUCCUACGCUCCUGGGCAAAAGAAAAAUUUCCAAAUUUUAAUUUGGAGAUGAUGGAGGCAAAAAAAUGCAUGGAGGAAAUCCAUACUGAAAUUGACAGAGAUGGGAUAAGCGACUCAAUUUAUGCCAAAGAAGCUGAUGCAAAGACCAGAUAUCUGAAGGCCCUGCAAAAUUAUGAGAAAUUAUGGGCUGAAAAAUCUCGUUCUAGAUGGAGGAAUCAAGGAGAUAGAUGCUCAAAAUUUUUUCACAUUUCAGUGAAGAUUCGGCGAAUGAAGAACUCCAUUAAAUCUCUGAAGAUGGUUGAUGGGACCCUAACCUCUGAUAAAGAGCAGAUCAAGGAAUAUGUUGCGGGUUAUUAUGAGCAUUUUCACAAAGGUACCCCCCUUACCAAUCACAUGGAUUUAUUGCAAUGCAUUCCUAAUGUUUUGGAUGAAUGGGAUAGAGGUCGAUUAGAUGGUAUUCCCUCUGACUCUGAGAUCAAGAAUGCGGUGUGGGAUCUUGAUCCAGAUAGUGCUCCUGGUCCAGAUGGAUUUCCUGGAGCUUUUUAUAAAUCAUGUUGGGACAUCAUUUCUUCAGAUUUAUGCAAGGCUAUCAGAUGGUUUUUCAGAACCGGGUUCAUGCCUUACGGCAUUAAUAAUAAUUUCCUGGUUUUGAUUCCUAAAAUUGAAGGAGCACUAUCCCUAGACAAGUUCAGGGCACUGUGCAUGGGAAAUUUUUUAUGCAAAAUAAUAUCAAAGAUUCUGGCUAUGCGAUUAUCGUAUUUUCUUCCAAAAAUUAUCUCUGAGGAGCAAGGGGCCUUCCAGAAAGGGAAGAUCAUUCAUUCCAACAUAUCACUUGCCUCGGAGCUGAUCCUUGUUUCUGCCAGAAUCUCAGUUCUGUUAAAUGGUGGCCCUGUUGGAUACUUUGGUGUGGAGAAGGGUCUGAGACAAGGAGAUCCAAUCUCGCCUAUGCUGUCUAUCAUUGCUGAAGAGGUGCUUUGUAGAGGCUUAUCUGAGCUUCUAGCCAAUAACAGCAUUAAAGCUCUAUCGGGUCCUCGUGGGGCUAUUAUCCCUACACAUAUUCUUUUUGCUGAUGAUGUUUUUAUCUUUUCAAAUGCUUCCAUCAGGUAUGUUAAGAAUCUCAAUAAUUUUCUCUCUAAAUACCAGAGCUUCUCCGGCCAGAAAAUGAAUUUAAACAAAAGCAAGCUUUUCUUGGGAUCUGUUCCUGCCUCUAGAAAGCAAGCCAUUGCAGAAGAGCUUGGUAUCUCCAUUUGUAACUUCCCCACCCGCUAUUUGGGGGUCGAGAUCUUUAAGGGAAGGGUGAAAAAGGAGUCGCUAAUCCCCAUUCUGGAUAAAGUCAAAGGGCGACUAGCAGGAUGGAAAGGGAAGAUUUUGUCCAUGGCUGGACGAGUGGAAUUGGUCCGCUCAGUGAUAUUGGGAAUGAUGAACCAUAGUUCAGCUCCAGCUGGAACCAUGGCCGAUUUCCUCACAUGGUGGACAAGAAAACAGAAAUCAGUUUGCUGUAAAGAGGCAUGGAUCAUGGGGUUACUAACAGUGGCUGAUCACAUUUGGCGCGAAAGAAAUAGUAGAAGGCAUGAUGGCAAGGAAAGACCGGCAAGAUACCUGAAGCAGAUGAUUCUAGAGGAUAUUCAGUUUGCUAAGCCAAGCACUAAAGGUGAAGUCAAGACAAUGUAUGAUCUCAUUUGCUGCAGGAAGCUUGGUAUUCCGAUUCAGAGAUCUCACCCAAAAUCAAUCUUAGAGGUUUUCUGGUGUAGACCCGAGGCAAAUUGGAUUAAAUUGAAUUUUGAUGGAAGCUCAAGGGGGAACCCAGGUCGUGCAGGUGCAGGCGGAAUUUUUCGUGAUCACAGGGGAGGCGUUCUUGGCUCCUACAAAAUUUUUAUGGGUAUCUCAGGUGUCUUUGAAGCUGAAAUUGAAGGCUUAAUUGUGGGGCUGAUGCGUGCUAGGGAGCUGGGCAUUUCAUGUCUGUGGGUUGAGACGGAUUCUAGUGUUGUUGCAAUCUCUAUCCAGCAAAAUAAAAUUCCAUGGUUCGCUUUGCAGAGAUGGAUAUUCCUCCAGCCAUAUUUGAAGAGUAUCACAUGGAAAAUAACUCACAACUUCAGAGAAGCGAACUCAAUUGCUGACUACCUGGCUAGAGAUGCGGCGAAGACAGGGAUAUCAGCCAUAAAUGUCGACUUUCCUGCCAACAUUAAGGAAUUCAUCAGAAGAGAUGCUGAUGGCAGACCAAACUAUAGAUUUGAUUAG